AUGUGCAUUGAUUACAGGCAGUUGAACAAAGUUACAAUCAAGAACAAGUAUCUUUUGCCGCAUAUUGAUGAUCUAUUUGACCAGCUUCAGGGAGCGAGGGUGUUCUCUAAGAUUGACUUGAGGUCUGGGUAUCACCAGUUGAAGAUUCGGGACUCGGAUAUUCUAAAGACAACAUUCAGGACCCGUUAUGGUCAUUAUGAGUUCCUCGUGAUGUCUUUUGGGCUGACCAACGCUCCAGUAGCAUUUAUGCAUCUGAUGAACAAUGUAUUUCAGCCUUAUCUUGACUCGUUUGUCAUAGUGUUCAUUGAUGAUAUCCUGGUGUACUCUCGUAGCCAGGAGGAGCAUGCCCAGCAUUUGAGGAUUGUGUUGCAGCGUUUGAGGGAGGAGAAGCUUUAUGCCAAGUUCUCCAAGUGA